UAUUUUUAUAUGGAAAUAUAUUAAUGUGCAUUAUCAUGCGCAGUACUGUGUAAACAGUGGAGAUUACCACUGAAUAGACUGUCUUCUUUGAGGAAAAUAUUGCACUAAUUCUUAGAGGAAAAUGAUGUGGGACUUUUUCAAGUUCCGUGAAUUUGUGGAUUAGGUUUUAAUAUUACCAAUAGACUAUUAAAAAACUAGUAAAAGACGGACUUGCAUCAACUUUCUAAAUAAGACGGCUCCUAGACAGUGAAGGUUGCAAGCUUGAUAGCGAAACUCAACAGGAGCAGAGGAAAGAGAUAGCGUAGGAGGUGGCAAAGUCUGGUGUUCUCGUGGUGUGAGUUUGAUGACCCACCCAGACAUCCUCAACCACCACCUCUGUUCCCCCAGCUGUUGUUGCUACUAUCAGGGAAUUUACUGACGAGUUGAGCCCCACUUUACCUCAGUGGAAGACUUUUUCACCAUAACCGCCACUAUCAUCCAACUCCUGGGAGACAAGCAACAGGCUAUAAGCUCUCGUGACUGUCCUUCCUCACCACCACCAUCCUGACAACGAGAUCCCAUCAUGGGGGUGCACAGGACAGCAGAGGAACCUGGCGGAGGCUUAGAGACGCUGGAGGAGGAGGAAGAAGACGACGAGUAUGGUAUUGAUGGUAUGUUGCACCGCCGCUACCAUCACUACCCGCAGCGUCACCAUUCCACCAGCAGCAGCACCAACAGUGAUGUCCUCAAUAACAACCAACUUGAUAACGGCAAAGUCAACCUCACGGGAAGGGGCGCGUGGACAUGGCGCAUUUUGAGUUACUCAAAGUGCUAGGCACGGGAGCAUAUGGCAAAGUGUUCCUGGUAAGAAAAGUUUCUGGUAAAGAUGCUGGAAAAUUAUAUGCCAUGAAAGUCUUGAAAAAGGCAACUAUUGUCCAAAAGAAAAAGACAACGGAACACACAAAGACAGAGCGCCAGGUGCUGGAGGCUGUGCGACAAAGUCCUUUCCUAGUUACACUUCACUAUGCCUUCCAGACAGAUGCCAAGCUUCAUCUUAUACUAGAUUAUGUUAGUGGUGGAGAACUAUUUACACACCUGUAUCAGCGUGAAAAAUUUUGUGAGGAUGAAGUACGUCUCUAUAUUGGAGAAAUCAUCCUUGCGCUCGAGCAUUUGCACAAACUGGGCAUAAUAUAUCGUGACAUCAAACUAGAAAACAUUCUCCUGGACUCUGAUGGCCAUAUUGUGUUAACUGAUUUUGGCCUCAGCAAGGAUUUUCUUUCUCAUGACACAGAACAUCGUGCCUACUCAUUUUGUGGUACUAUUGAAUAUAUGGCACCUGAAGUGGUUCGUGGAGGAUCUCAUGGGCAUGACCAGGCAGUAGACUGGUGGAGUGUGGGGGUUUUGACUUAUGAACUUCUCACUGGAGCCUCACCAUUUACUGUUGAAGGAGAGAAAAAUAACCAACAGGAGAUCUCAAGACGAAUUUUGAAAACACAACCACCGCUACCAAGUGAACUGUCCCCUGAGGUUCGUGAUUUCAUUUCUCGUCUACUUGUAAAAGAUCCUCGUCAACGGUUAGGAGGAGGACCUCUUGAUGCUAAAGAAAUCAAAGAGCAUGCAUUUUUUAGGAACUUAAACUGGGAUGACCUCGCUCAAAAAAAAGUACCUGCACCAUUUGUACCCAGGAUAAGUGAUGAGUUGGAUGUUAGUAAUUUCUCUGAAGAAUUUACAGCCAUGGUACCCCAGGAUUCUCCAGCAAUUGUUCCUCCAGAUAUUGACAGAAUCUUUAAUGGUUAUUCCUAUGUUGCUCCAUCAAUCCUCUUUACUGAAAAUGUUAUCAGUGAUUCUCUGUACAAGAUGUCACCGGACAGAAGACCCUCCACCACAAACCUCAUGGCUUGCAGUUUCAAGGAUUCGGCAUUUUUCCAACAUUAUGAAUUGGACCUACGAGAAGGUAUACUAGGAGAGGGCAGCUUUAGUGUGUGUCGAGAAUGCAUCCAGAAGUCAACUGGGAGACAUUUUGCUGUCAAGAUAGUUUCUCGGAGGUUGGAUUGCCAACAAGAGAUUAAUCUUCUACGUGCAUGUCAAGGACAUUCCAACAUUGUUACCUUCCAUGAAGUGUUCUAUGAUGAAGCCCACACAUACAUAGUCAUGGAGCUCUUAGAAGGAGGGGAAUUACUUCAACGGAUUAGAAAACACGAAAGGUUCACAGAGGCACAAGCGUCGGUUAUUAUGAGAAGUUUAGUAUCUGCAGUUAACUUCAUGCACAGAAAAGGCAUUGUACACAGGGACCUGAAACCUGAGAAUCUUCUUUUCAAAAAUUCAUCAGAAGACUCAGAAAUUAAAAUAGUAGAUUUUGGCUUUGCUCGCACAAUGCCAGAUAAAGAUAAAGAUGGAAGUAUGAAAACUCCUUGCUUCACUCUCCACUACGCAGCUCCUGAGGUCUUGCGACAAGCAGUUCAACAAGGAGCUGCUGGAUAUGACGAGACCUGUGACUGGUGGAGCUUGGGCGUUAUUCUAUACACAAUGUUGUCAGGCAGAGCACCUUUCCAGUCUAGAAGUAAAGAUGACACGUCCGCUUCAAUCAUUGCCAGAAUUAAGGGUGGAAGUUUUGACAUGUCUGGGCCAGAAUGGCUUGCAGUUUCAUCACAAGCCAAAAAACUUAUAAAAGGACUUUUAACGGUAGAUGCCUCUAAACGUCUUACUAUUAAUGAACUUCUCCAAGACGAGUGGCUUCAAGGUGGGCCACCAUCAGUGUUCUCAGCAACACCCCUUAUGACUCCGACCAUUCUUAGUGCCCGACCUACCUUAAAUGGUCCAGUCUCGGCUGAAGCUGGGGUCAAGCAAGCUUUUCAUGCAUUCCAUAUGGCUACCAGAGAAGGUUUCAGAUUACUGGAUGUUAGCAAUGCACGUCUGGCUCAACGUCGAAAAAACAAGAAGUCCUCCACUGAUGCUCGUAGCCAUUCUUCUACCUCAUCUCUCUCCUCUACCUCAUCAGCAUCUUCUGUUCGAACGCCUAGUAAAUCAGAUCGAUGCAGUUCUUCGCUAGGCGCAACUCCAAAGAAGGAAGAAAGCAUCUUUGAUUUUGGAGAAGCCAGAGUCAAAGCAUACCUUUCAAGUAUAGAGUCCCCAUCUGAAAUGUCCUUUCCUGCCACCCCAAGCCUGGUUCUUACAUUACCAAGUCCGCAGUCCAAAGGUAGUUCAAAAGGAAGCUCUCUGGGUUCUUUUGACUUCUCUAGAGGUGACAGACAUAUUGAACAGUCUAAAUCCGACACUUCAGCUGGCUUAUCUCCAGAGCUCAGCUCACCAAAUAGUUCAACAGUGUCUUGCAGGAAGCAGGAACAGUGCCUUGCAUUUCAAGAACAGUGUGAUGUUAGUGAGGUGCAGACAGGUCUCUCAGAAACAAAACGUUCUGAGACUCCUCUCAAGUCUUCUCUUUGUACUUUAGGUGAUGAAUUUUCUGGACCUCAAACUCGAUCAAGGAAACGAAAGUUAGAAAAAAUCUGUGAUGCUGAUGUGACUGUAGUUAAACAUAUGUUCAAAGGUAGAAACACUCGUAGUAAUAGAAUUGAUACUAUAGUAAUAGAUGAUUAAUGAGUGAGUUUUAAGGCAUUACAAGACACUUUCCAGAUUUUGACUAAGUAUUUUAUCUCCUUUAGCUUAAAGCUCAGAGAUUGCUUUAUUAUAUACCUAAAUGUAUAUUAUAUAUCUGAUCUGAUAUGUACAUACAGAUUAUAAUUAUUAUUAUUAUUAUGACAAUUAUGCUCCUAAAAAUAUUUAUAUAUAUAUAUAAAUAAAAUAUAUAUAUAUAUAUAUGUAGAAUUUAAAAUGUGCAAUCAGAAAAUA